CGCGUCACUUGGAAUCUCUCAAUUGUUCCAUAUUUAUUACUCUUGUCAUUGUUUUGUUUGCCACCACGUCUGUCUAUCGACUGCGACUAAAUCUCUGUCAUCACACGGCGCUAUUCUACAAACGCAACUCUUGUGAUCCCAUCUCAGAGUCACCAUCCUCCUGUCAUGCGCACCCACCUUUCCUCUUCCCCGCGGUCGUCCAUCUGAGACUUCGCGCACGACACACUCCCACAGUUUCUCCCUCCUAGACAAUCAUGGAAUCGGAUCCGUAUCAGCAGGCUAACGGCCUCGAUGAUCUCUUCGAUGACGAUGACGACUUGGUCCAAGACUCGGCUGUGGCCACUCCCUUCGACGACAGUUUUGCCAUGCCGGCUUCCGCCAACGCUGAUGCAGACAAUGAACUGAGCAUGUUGAUGAACGAGGGUGGAGCGGCAGAGGGGUUCGAUCUGAAUGAGUUGAACGAUCGAGCGCUAGAAGUUGGUGAAAAGGCGGACGAUGCAAUCGAUUUCGAGGAUUUUGGCGAUGACGAGUCUCUGCCUGAUGAAGAGGGCGUCUCCACCCAACCGCAACCAGGUCCCAUCUCCGACCAGCUUCCAGGUAUCGAGGAUAGCAAUCUGGAUGACUUGGAUGAAGAUGACCUUUUCGGCGAUCUCUCCCCUGUCAUGACCACCCAUGAACCUAGCAAGGCCUUUCCACCUCCAGCCAAACCAGCCGAGACGCCCCAGCCCACGGCAGAUAACGACGAUGAUCUGGCAUCAGACAACGAAAACGAGGCUACGCAAGACAUCUCCAUGCUUGACGCCGACGUGGAUGAAGUUGAAGAUGCCCAAUAUCGAAUUCAACUUGCCCUAUUCGCCCAAUCAGGAAAAGGUUAUGCGCCCACUACCGAACAAGAAAACAUCGAUGAGUGGCUGAAGCUUGAGUUUCCCAACUUCAAACGCGAUGAAGCUCCAUAUUUCAACAAGCUAUUCCCUCCAAGACCACACAAAUGGCCAGCAAAAGUACCCCUGAAGCCUCCAAGGCCGAUUCGCCCUACCAAAGUUACUCUCGACCUUGAACCAGAUCAGAGGACGGCUUUCAAUUCAGCCAUCGCCCCAACUGUGCCUGAAACGCUGGAAAAUAUUGUUAAUACCAAGGCCCCUGUCGUUAAAGAAUCUGCGGAAGAGUCAUCGGACGAGUCCGACGACGAUGAGCUCUUGCCAAAUGGUCUCACCCUGCGCGACCUAGAGUUCAUGUGCACCGACUUUGACACCUUGUCUCAUAUUUCACCCUCGGACGAUGAAGCUUUCGAAAUUCGACCUCGCAUUGUCGACAGCGAUGAUGAUCUAUUCAACGAAUUCGACGAUGUCGAGCAUCCUCGGAAGAAACGUCGUCUUGGCAUGAACCCUCACGAGAUCGUGUCAAUUCAUGAAAUAGCCAUCCCCUCUUUUGACAACCCCGAACGCAAAACCGCUAGCCUUGCUACCAAGGUCGUCCUUGACCUGAAUGAUCCACAGUUACUCGUCGAGGAGGUUGAUCCAGAAGCGGUCAAGGUCAAAGUGCGACCAGGCGAGAAAGCACCAUUGGUCAAGACACUCAAAGAUCGCCUCCAGCAGCGAUUCAAGACUUCCAAUGAUGCUGAAUACGAUUUGCUCAAACAAAAUCACCAGCACAAGGUUCGUGGCCAGCUGACUUCGAUACAAGUCAGUCAUUCAGUACCCGCAGUACGCCUCCAGUAUCCUUACUAUCAAGUUCGAUUGUCACUUCAAGAGCUGCGAAACUAUCAUCGGAAAAAACUACAUUUCAAACACAACAUUACAUUUUCGAGCAUCGAUCGCAAGAAGAAGAGGAAACACAUGAAGAACAAAAAGGUGGAAGAGAUCUACAAAGAAACAAAAGAUCUAUCUCUAUCCGAUUUAUCUACCCCACUCUUCCUCGAGUAUUCUGAAGAACACCCUCUCAUGAUGUCGCAGAUAGGAAUGGGCAACAAGGUCAUUCACUAUUACCGCAGACGAACAAAGGAUGAUUCAUCUCGUCCCAAACCUGAGAUCGGAGAAGCCAGCGUGCUACUUCCAGAGGACAAAUCUCCAUUCUACAUCUUUGGACAAAUCGACCCCGGCGAAACCAUUACAGCCUUGUACAAUUCCAUGUAUCGUGCUCCAAUUUUCGAGCAAGAAUCAAAGUCCACUGACUUUUUGGUUGUGCGAGAGUCAAACGGUAUUGAGGGUCAAAAGUAUUACAUGCGUGCUCUCGACAACGUCUAUGUAGUCGGUCAAGAACUUCCCACCACCACAAUCCCGGGAACACAUUCUCGUGUUGUAACCACCAACGCGAAGAAUCGACUCAAGGCUAUUUCUUACCGUAUUGCUCGCAAGAAAAAGUCCCACAGACUCCGGGUCGAAGAUGUCACUCGCCACUUUCCUGACACCACUGAUAUGCAAAACAGACAGAAGAUGAAGGAAUUCAUGGUUUUCAGCAAGGAACACAAAGAGUGGGAGAUGAAGCCUGGCGAGACUCUACCGGACGAGGAUGCCAUUCAAAAUAUGAUCAAACCAGAAGAAAUCUGCCUUCUCGAGUCUAUGCAGGUGGGAGCUCAGUACUUGCAGGACUCGGGCUUUGCCGACAAUGACGACGAUGACGAUAAGGAGAAUGACAACGAUAGCAUCGAGCAACAAUUGGCACCCUGGAGAACCACUAAGAAUUUCAUUCAAGCUACACAAGGCAAAGCGAUGCUCAAACUCUUUGGUGAGGGUGAUCCUUCAGGUCGUGGUGAAGCUUUCUCGUUCAUCAAGACAAGUAUGAAGGGAGGAUUUCGACCAAUUGGUGGCUCAGCUCAAGAUGCCAUUGCUCUCAAGAAAGAACUCGGCGGACACAGCUACAAUGUCGCCCGACAACAAAAGUCCUACGAAGAGUCGAUUCGUGGUAUUUGGGACAAACAAAAGGCCAGCCUGGGCUCGAAAAUUGAGCCCUCAGAUUUAGACAUGGAUGGCGAUGUUGACAACCAGGAAGAUCGUUACAACGAGAGAUCAAACCCUCGAGCUACCCCGAUGUCAGGGACACACACGCCGGCACCGUAUCGACGUAGGGAUGAUGAGACUGCCACUUCGAUUAGUCGUCGAAGCAUCAACAGCCUAGGUCAAACCAACAAAACGCUCAAGAUUGUCCGCACCAAGAUCGUUGACGGUGAGGAAGUACAAGAAGUACAUUUCGAAACAAGCCCUGCUGUCAUUAAACAAUACUUGAGAAUUAAAGAGAUGGAGGAAGCUGCAGCUACUAGUCUGGCGGAUAUUGCGCCUACGGGUGACCCAGAGAAAGAUGCCCGUCAACGCAGACGGCAAGCCAAUCUCCCAUGGUCCAUGUGGCGAUCUUUGAAUGCUAACCAAGUUACAGAAUCGAAGAAGCGCUUGCUCAACUCGAAAAGAACGCCGCCCGCCGCAAGCAAAGAACGAAGAACAAGAAUGCCGCUCCCGCGACAUCCCCUGGUGGAACAGCAUUGUCACCUGACCCGGAUGCCACCCCUGGAGGCAAGAAUACACAACCGACUAUGCGCAAAUGUGCAAACUGUGGUCAAGUGGGCCAUAUCAAAACCAACAAAAAGUCAGUCAAAUGCAAAAAUUGCAAUCUCCCCCUUGAUCGCAAAGUCGGUUCCUUGAUGGGUGAUGCUCCGAGCUUUGAAUAAAUGGUGGCAUCGUGAAAGUUGUCCAGCGACAUUUUCAUCAUCCAUUCAUCCUGCCCUUUGCGACUCAACGCUCGGUUGACAUCCCCAUUCAAAAUCCGUAUUGAAUUUUCCUACUGUCCCUGUUCCUAUGGCAGGAUAUGAAGCGCGGCCCUUACGAUUGGAUGGACGGAAAGCGUGUAUGCCCGGAAGAGAUAUCCCAUUCAAAAAUCAAAUCAUGGUGGGAAUAUCAAAACGGGGUUCCCAGCUUCGAAAUCCAGAGGACAAUCGAACUCUACGCCGUGUCUACGAGCCAUCCAGCCAGCGACUCCACGAGUGUUCACAAGCCUGUCGUUACCUUUUUUUAAUCCUUUUUUCCUUCACUCUCUUCUUCACUCAUUAAGAAUCAUUCACUGACAUUGGAACCUCUCUCUUAAAGAUUAUGCCCGCUUCUCAACGGUACGAUCAAACAAGAAGACGGUUACAACAACGCAGCUUUUAUGGGGGCGCCACCCACGAUGUCUUAGGCGGACAUGGAAAUUUCAAGGCCUUUGGGCUGCAAAGGGCACGGGCUGGCCAAAGAAUUUGGUGAAGCAAUCGACAUUGCGACUGGUCUUGCAUCAUAAGUUCUUCAUCUUAAUGCGGCGUUAUCACUGCCAGCAGUAACGAGUACCUCGAAGAAUGUACAAUGGCUACGUUCUACCGAUAGAGGGACUCUUUAAAGCAAAACAGACUAGCUGCUAGAAAUCGUUCACAAACAAAUUAAUGUGUCGCUCACUGGCAGGUAAAUUGAAAGUCUUUCGUCUAACAUCAUCUAUUCUAGAACCCUCUAAUCGUAUCGAUGACGGAUGCAGGGUUACUACAUUCAUUUCCCUGCCAACUGAUAUAUUGAUCUGGACGAAUAAUCGUGAUCUCAGCAGGAUAUCUCUUCCUCGCAACCGCGGCGGAAACCUUGAGAUGAGUGAUCGGAAGCCCAACAUCAGCAGCAGCCUUCAAGAACCGAGUAACCUGUCCAUCAGAAGCCUCUAUAUCCAACAAAGUG